AUGCUUGAGUGGCCCCCUGGGUCAAUCAUAGCUUCCCAGAAAGAAGGGCAAGCAUAUCUAGUUCUGGCACCUGGCAGCCUUGGCUUGUUGGCUUGGAUGCUAGAAGCCAUUGAGUUGGAAGGUGUGGGGACUGCUUACAGACCAAUUCAGCAAAGCACUGCCCUAGUCUUUCUGCACAUUUGUGACUUGGAGGAGUGGCUUGAUAUUUCCUUUGAAGUCCAAAUGGUUGGAAACCAUGGUGGCCUUGUCAUGGUACCAUCAGGCCCUUCAGAAAACUUGUGUGCAGCCAGGGUCAAGCAAGGGCUGCAGUUAACAGUGAAACAGGCACUUGCAUGCAUCAGCUGCCUUGGCAUUAAGAUACCAAGCCAGAAGUCCAAGCCUGCUAUCUACAAACUCUUGAUAGACAGUGUGCUAGCAACACCUGAAGAAAGAGAGGAUGCCUUCCAAAAGUCAGCAGUGAUGAAAGGUGAUGGCCAGGAGGAUUCCCAAUCCAACAUUUCAGAUUAUGAGGAACUGAUCAAACUUGUAGAGGAGGAUGCAGAAAACCAAGGGGACCAAGACCUAAAACAGGAGAGAGAACAGGUGAACCAGCACCCCUUGAAGAUGCCCAAGUUCCACCAGGGAAUGAGCAGCCUGGCACAUGCCAACCUAGUGCAGCAGAAGAGGUUUGCAAGAGCCAGCAUCACAGCCAUUGGUGCCAAGUGA